AUGAAGCAAGCAUCUGGAGAAGCUCGUGCAGCCGACGCGGAGAAGCGAUGGUCGCGGCUGAUGCUGACUGGAGCAUUGGUUUCUGGAUUUAUGGCUGCUGCUGCCGUGUCCUUUGUGGGCUAUGCGUUCAACAAGCCAUGCACAUCUCCACAAGGACGGGCAAUUGGAUACACCGGCUGCUUCAAUUGGGGCGAGUGGGUCGCAUCUGUCUUUGCCAUCAUGGCUGCCUUUGCCAGUAUAGGGUUCAUUGAACAUGCAGCCACCGCGGCCAUCCGCAGUGCGGCCAUGAAGCACAGCCGUUUGGAGGGGAUCGGGGCUCUGGUGCUCUUGGGGCUCCUCUGCCUCGCCGGUGCUUUGGGAGCCCUCCUCUUGCUGGCCAAGCCUUGGGAGACUUACCAGACGUACGAUGACGGCCGGACGAAGUCCGUCGACGAAUGGACCAUCGACGUUUGGAUGGUGUUCCUAGGCUACAGCGCAGUCUUUGUUUUCGGGCCGCUGGCGCUGGCACUGGUCCUUGUGUUACAAAAUGUGCUCCACCCUUGGCACUGGGCGCCGGCUCAGACUUCGGACGUGGAAACCAACUCUGAGAGCAGUGGCAACUUUGAACUUGAAGGCAGCAGCGGCAGCGCAAGCUCGGCUUCUGCAACUCGUCCUUCGACUUCGCUGUGUGCGACUUCCCGAUGCCUGUGGCUGGUCGUGAUCCUGAUCUUCUUAUGGGCAUGCUUUCUUUUUACAGCUGCGAUGACGCCGAUUUGGAACUUCUCCAUGAACUCCUACUUCAAGAGUGUCUCGAAGUACGCGAUGUUUUACUGGCCGGUUGGGCAACUGCCAUGCUCGAUCCUGGGGAGCAGCGGAGAGGCGAACUGUGUGGGCCAUGGCCUCUGCCGGGAGAUCUCACAUUGGCUGCCAGGAUUUCAGGCGGGAGUGGACGCGUGCCCGUGGUUCUCCUUCAAGCCCUUCCCCGACUGCGCCUUGUAUUAUGGAUUCCUGACCCUCUUCGUCCUCUGCGGCGCGCUGGCGCACACGCGCCCGAUCUCAUGGAUGGCGAAACGCCACAUCCCGGGCCCCAAGCGACUCCCCAGUUUCCUGAACCCCUUUCCAGACGGCCUUUCGCUCCUGGAAGCUCUCAUGGUGCUCAUCCUCGUCUUCUUCUUUGCAGGCUGGUUUGGCUACUGGUAUUGGGGCUACGACAGGUUCCAUCACAUCGAUGCGGCGCACGAGUGUUGGACUUCACCGGACAAGGAGGUCUCCGACAAGAUCGGGGAGCUCGGCGAGCCCGGCGUUGCCGUCAGUUUGGGAGGAUCCCAGCUAAAGUGCGAGCAGAUCGUCGGCAGCGUGCCGACGGGCCGUGGAGAGCUGCACGUGCUCUGCCGGGUCUCGGGACACAUGGCAUCCCUAGCCUUUGCACUAACGAUGCUGCCGGUGGCGAAGGACAGCAUCUUGCUUCGAGUCAUGGGCUUGAGUUUCGAGAGGGUCUUGCACUGGCACCGCGGCCUCGGCGCGGUCUCCUACUUCGCGGUAACGGCGCACAUGCUGCUCUGGUGGCUGAAGUGGAUCCUGGAUGGGACGUUUGUAAAGAAUCUCAUCGCCAUCGACACGCAGAAGUGGCUCUGGGUCACGCCCUCCUGGAACCACUACGAGAAUUUCAGCGUGCUUAUGGCCCAGGUGUCCUGGGUACUCUUCACCGUGGCGAUGGUCAUUGCUUGGACUUGCCGUCGGAGGAUGUAUAGACUCUUCUACCUCAGCCACCACCUUGCACUUUUCUUCGUUUUCAUGGGCAUGGUGCACGCCUGGAGCUUCUGGUUCUUUGUCCUCCCCGGCUUAGCGCUGUGGUGGUUCGACCGGCUGCACCGGCUCGUUGCCUCGUCGCAGCCGGCUCGCGUCGUCAGCUUUACGGCAAUCCCGGGCACGGAUAUCACCCAUCUGGAGUUGCAGAUGCCACAGCUCGCAGCGCAGCUCCGUCCAGGGCAUUUCGUGUUGGUCCACGUGCCCGAGGUCUGCAAGCAGUCGUGGCAUCCGUUCACCGCGAACGUUCAGAGCGACCGGGUGAGCAUCUUCUGCAAGGCGGCUGGGCCUUGGACACAGCGACUCCGGCAGUUGGCCGAGGAGACGCAGCCGUCUGGGCCCUUCCCCGCUGCGCUGUGCAUCGGACCGUACGGCAGCCUGGACCCAGGAAGCUACGCCUCCGGUCCCGUCUUCCUGGCCGCCGGCGGGAUCGGCAUCACCCCGGUCAUCGCGGUCUUCCGCGACGCUGUGCGUCGCCAGGUUCCAGGCGUGACUCUGCUUUGGAGCAUCCGCAGCCUGGAGUACUUGAGGCUUCCUAUAGUGGAAGAGGCGCUCUUUGCGGCCGCUGAGAGCGAGAACGCCUCAGUGGUGAUCUAUGUUUCCCGGAGCCGUGGCGAGUUGCCUCCCGACCGGCGAAGUGUCAGCUUCCGUGCAGGGCGGCCUCCUGUAGCGGAGCUCGCUGUCGCCGCUGCGAAGGGAGGCGCCGCAGAUGGCUUCGCGUUUGCUUGCGGCCCGGCAGCCUUCCAAGACGAGGUCAAGCGCUGCUGCCGCGAGGCAGGCUUUGGCAAGAUCCACGUGGAAACCUUCUUGUUCUGA